AGGAGGAAUCAACAAAGCAAAAUAUUAUAACUUCAAAUCGAAGAGACCCCAAAAAAAAAAACAUAAGUGAAGAAAUGGCCGGGAUAGUUCCGGAACAGUGGUCAGCGGCUGAGAACGGAAACGCAAGCAUGACCACAAAAGGAUCGAGCAGAGAGCUGAGACAUGGAAGAACAGCUCACAACAUGUCUUCUUCUUCUUUGAGGAAGAAAUCAGACCUCCGAGUGAUCCAGAAGGUUCCAUACAAAGGUCUCAAAGAAUUUCUUGCCAACCUUCAAGAAGUCAUUCUCGGCACCAAACUUGCCAUCCUUUUUCCCGCCAUACCUGUCGCCAUUAUCGGAACCUAUUGUGGUUUCAGUCAGUCGUGGAUAUUUGGACUGAGCUUGCUAGGACUCACACCUUUAGCUGAGCGAGUCAGCUUUCUGACAGAGCAACUAGCGUUUUACACCGGUCCUACAUUGGGUGGUCUAUUGAACGCAACGUGUGGAAACGCUACUGAAUUGAUAAUCGCGAUUCUGGCAUUGACCAAUAACAAAGUCGCAGUGGUGAAAUACUCGUUGCUAGGUUCCAUUCUAUCGAACCUUCUAUUGGUUCUCGGGACUUCACUCUUUUGCGGCGGAAUCGCUAAUCUCCGACGAGAGCAGCGGUUCGACCGGAAACAAGCCGAUGUGAACUUCUUCUUACUCUUAAUGGGUUUGUUGUGUCACUUGCUGCCACUGUUGUUUGGAUACGUGGCCAACGGAGAGACUUCGGCUGAUCUAAUUGCCGACAUGACACUUAAUCUGUCACGAGCCAGCAGUAUUGUUAUGUUGAUAGGUUACAUCGCAUAUCUUGUUUUCCAACUCUGGACUCACCGCCAAUUGUUCGACGCACAAGAUCAGGAAGACGAGUAUGAUGACGAUGUUGCUGAGGAAGAAACCGCUGUGAUUGGAUUUUGGAGCGGAUUUGCGUGGUUGGUUGGUAUGACACUCGUCAUUGCAUUGCUAUCAGAGUAUGUUGUGGCCACUAUUGAGGAAGCAUCGGAAUCAUGGGGACUAUCAGUGAGUUUUAUAAGUAUCAUAUUGCUUCCCAUUGUUGGAAAUGCGGCUGAACACGCUGGAGCCAUCAUUUUCGCUUUUAAGAACAAGCUCGACAUAUCUCUGGGAGUUGCAUUAGGCUCUGCAACACAGAUUGGCUUAUUCGUCGUCCCCUUGACCAUUAUUGUGGCGUGGAUUCUAGGAAUUAAGAUGGAUCUCAAUUUCAAUGUCCUUGAAACCGGUUCUCUUGCCCUUUCCAUUAUCAUCACAGCCUUCACGUUACAGGAUGGGACUUCUCACUACAUGAAAGGACUGGUUCUCUUGCUUUGCUAUAUCAUCAUUGCCAUUUGUUUCUUCGUCGACAAACUUCCUCAGAAACAACCAAAUGCUAUUCACUUGGGACAUCAACUGAUGAACAAUGCAGUCAAUGCAAUCGGCCAAGGAGUUUUCUCAUCUUAAAUUUGGACAAGUACCAAUAUGUUGAAGCAAAAUUUCCAAACCGACACAAGGGACAAGGGAAAAAAAAAUGCUCAAUUUCUUGAUUCAUUUUUCAAAUAUUAAAACAAGAAAACUUGUCAGAGAGAUUUCUGAGAUUCAAUGAGUAUUGGGGGUCUUGAUGAAGAUAAGUUUUGAGAAGUUUUUUAAUGCCCAUGUGUGGGUUUUCGAUGGACUAUCUAUGAAUGCUUUAUCUCCCAUGUUCUAUCUCAUUUUUCAUUUUCAGUUUUUUCUUUUCUAUGA